GUGCCAAUGUAACGAUGUCAAUCAGUCCAAAGACGGCCCCUGUAUAUUUCAUCCAAGGGAAACCACUGACGCUGACCUGUACAGUCAGGGGUGACGUCAACGCCGAUGUCAAGUGGGUGAAAAGCGAGCUGCCUCUAGACGAUGUUGAAUAUCAGAUAGAAUCUUGGAAUGAUGAGGAUGAACAUGGACCCAAGAAAAAUGUCAAAAUCACCAAAGCAUCGGCCGGACCUCAAGACGCUUCAUUUUUCCGGUGUUAUUCUGACAGCGUAGAUGCGACAGCCGAGACUGCUGACUUGUACGUGGUUGUCAGGGAUGCUAACAUAACGGAGGGCUCUGAUACUACAUUAACAUGUAAACUAGAGCUGCCUUAUAUACGUAAUAGCAUCAGCUGGUACAAGGAGGGCACACCACUGGAGGAAAUACCAGACCUGAAAGGCAGAGUGGAGAUUGGCAACAACACUGUUGUAUUUCGUAAUGCCAAGCUGACAGACAGCGGAGCCUACACUUGUCGCCUGGAGAUUUUGACAGAUAAUAAAGAACUUGUCCAGGUCUUUCAAGAAAAAGUUGUACUCCAAGGUAAACCUUACAUUGCCAACUGGAAUAACCCUGAACUAAACCAGCAAGUGACAAACUCCUCCAUUUUACUGAAAUGCCCAGCAGGAGGAUACCCCCCGCCUACAGUGAACUGGUUCCGGGAUCCUGAAGUCAUAGUAGCAACUGACCACAUCCGUCUGACGUCGCUCAAUGGUCUAAGCUCUGGCCAGCUGGAAAUUAGUAACACUACUGCAGCUGAUUAUGGUCAGUACAAAUGCACUGCAGAAAAUGCCUUAGGUUCAGCAAGCUUAACCUUUGAUGUGACAGGAGCUGGUACAGGCAACUCUGGAUUCAGGGCCAUGUUAGGUCUUGUGGAUAUCUUUGGCUUGUCUUUGGGCAUCAGCAUUGCAUUCAUGACAUUGUCAUGGAGUAGAUAA